UCGUCAUCGUUUUUGGAAUUCUUGUGCAAGUCGAUGACUUUAACCAACUUUCUGGUCGGAAUUAUUGUCUGGCCAAACAUGUCUGACGGCUCUUGAUACGGUUUACGGGGCAUGGAUCUUGAAAAGGAUAAGAAUUGGUUUACACCUGCUUUUGGAAUCAUAACACACGAAAGAGUGGGGUGUAGCUGUGCAUUGAUGUUAUAAAAGCACGGAACGGUCGUUGUUCUUGCUUUCGUUUGGAGAGAAGAUAUAAUUUAAUGGUGUUGCACUUGCCUUUCUGUGCUCAUGUGCAUUUCUGAAGGGCAUGAUGAAGUUCCUCGAGUCUGUUAAGGGAAAAAUUCGUUGACGUUUUGGUCAUCCCAACGUGAUUCGGACCUGUUCGCCCAAGAUUAUCUGAGGUGUCUCCGAGAUGGAAGCGUCGAGUUCUCGAGGUGCCACCUGCAUAAAGAUCGAGGUGAAGAAUAUAUGGUUUUCCCGAGGAGGACUGACCCCAUUGUGCCUUGACAGGGUUCUGCAAGAAAUGUAUAAUAAUGGUGAUAUUUUACUUCGAGGAGAGCUGAUUGAGCCAUCUAGUGGGCAUCUCUAUCAGAUGCUGAGAAGAGCAGGACAGCUAAUUGGUGGAUUUAGACGAUCACCUAAAAUAGGUGAUUUUGAAGAGCAUCUCAUCCUUAAACCGCUACUUCAGGAGAGUGCUUCUAAUGUCAUAAAAAAUCUUGCUGAUAACCAUUGGGCUUCCACUUGUGUUAUCACAAUGAACAAGUUUCAGAGCAUCUGCAAAAGAUCAGGUGAAGCUUCUACAGUCUUAAGUUAUCUAUGUGGAUGCGGAAAAGCACAAUACCUAUCAAUCAGAAAGGAAGACAUUAUUGAGGGUGUGAAAGUGUCCCUGGUGUCAUCAUCUUUAACAAGAAUCUCAAGCCUGGACAAUGAUGUUCUGCAUCUAGUUUGGACGACAGAAAAACUGCAGCAGCAACUCAAUGUGAUUGACAACCGUUGGAAGCUUUCUCGGAAAAUGGCAUUGACCUCCUUUAAGCUGGGGAAUAAACAAGCUGCAUUCAGAUGCAUACGGCAGUCCAAGAUGUUGUCAGAAAGCAGGUCAAAGUACACAUUGCUUUUGGACCGGGUGGAAAAGGUUCUCAGUAACAUUGCUAAUGCCGAAUCUACAAAGAAGGUUUAUGAAGCCAUUCAAAUAGGCGUUCGAGCGAUGAAGGAGUAUGAGAUCAGCAUGGAUGAAGUUAAAGACCACCUGGACGAGCUUGACAAACAUGUUCAAGCACAAAAGGAAGUCGAUGAAUCCUUAGAAUCAAUGCCCUUACAAGCAUCGGAUAUGGAGGAAGAAGACAUCGAAGAAGAGUUCAAGAAGCUAGAACUCGAACUUUCGGGUGAGACGCAUCAUCCUCGGCUCCAGGAACCACUGGCUCCAGAUGUGAAGGCAGCAACAAGCCCACGAGCGGCCGCCCAAACCUUGAGCCAGACCUUGUCUAAGAUCAACCUAGAGGCUGCUUAGUUCAAGUGGCAUCAGCUGUGUUCAUGGUGCUCUUUCCAUGUUUUCGAAAGAACAGCAGCACAUGAUUUUGAGGGUGAGAUAUAUAUAUAUAUAAACAUACUGUUCAAUCGAUCAUUUGAUUCUUCAGUUCAA